AAUUAGCGAGAUUUGAGGCGAGAUCAGAGAUUGUUGUAGCAACAAAAGUCUAACAAUGUCAGAUAUUGAGGGGACAAUAAAUAGCUAUGAGGCUGUGUGUAAGAUCACAAAUUCCAAGCCACAUGAACACAUAAUGCGUGUUUUGAAAAAAGAAAAGGAAGUCAUUGAAAUGACAAAAGAAGAGGGUCUUGAGGACAGGGACAAAAUGUACCUUGAUUUAGCUGGGAACAAGCAUCUUAUGAAUGACAAGAGGUUUACUGAUGAUGACAUGGAAGUGCUGUACAAGACACUGAAGAAUAACACCUAUGUCACAACCUUAGAUUUACGUUACAACGAAGUAACAGAUAAAGGAGCUCAGUGGCUUGCCAAACUUAUAGAGGAAACACCAGCUCUAAUAGAACUGAAUGUGAUGUGCAACAACAUUGAGGGAGAUGGGGGAGAGCACCUAGCUGCAGCUUUACAUAAAAAUGAGACACUGCGUAUUCUGCGACUUAAUGGUAACAAGAUGGGUAACAAAGGAGGGAUGUGUUUUGCUCAAGCACUUCAGAUCUCAACCACAUUAGAAGCACUGGACUUAGGAGAUACUGACAUGAAAACUGAAAGCAUUGUAGCCCUAGCAGCAGUCUUGCACUACAAUAGAACUCUUAAGGCUUUGAAUAUUAAUAGACCUCUAUUGUUCACACAACAGGAGGAACCUACAAAUCACUUUGCAAGAAUGCUCAAAGUAAAUAAAACUCUUGAAGAGCUUCAUAUGCAGAAAUAUGACAUGAGGGACUUUGGAGCAACUAUGUUAGCUGAACAACUAAAACAUAACUUUCAUCUUACUUAUCUCAACCUGAGUUGUAACAGAAUCACAAGAGAUGGCACUAAGGAAUUAGCCAAGUUAUUAAAGGAAAACACUCCCCUUAAGGUUUUAGACCUUGGCUUCAAUAGACUAGAAAAUGAUGGAGCUAAAUAUUUAGCAGAAGCCCUAGGAACAUAUAAUGUCAAUCUUACCACGCUUGUGAUAGGCAGUAACAAUAUAGAAGGUGAGGGACUAUGUGCUAUAGCUGACUGCAUGAAGAUCAACAACAGUCUCACCAAUGUCUACAUCUGGGGAAACAUUCUUGAGGAAUCUGCUUGCAUUGCAUUUGCCAACUUAAUCGAAACAGGACGCCUUAAGAAAGAGAACACAGACGUUCAACCUUAUGUUGUAGAUGGGGUCACAUCACUUUGUGAACUAAACCAUCACAUUAGAAGACAAUAUUACUAUACCCACACAUUUGGUGGUGAUGUAUCCAAAAAGACAAUAAGGACCUAAUGUAUAUCACAUCUUUAGAACCAGAUAUCAGUAUCUACUUUUGCAUCAAGCCCCUGUAUCCUCCUCCCUAUUUGUCUCCCUAAAGUGCAAGGUAAAGAAUCUGAGGGGUUGCAGAGGCCUGAUGUAAGACAUAUAGUCAAAACCGAAUUCCAAUCCACUUUGCUCCAUGUCCCAUCAAG